AUGAAAGUGAAUAAAAGUUAUAACAUAGGCACUUUGAUCAAAGAACGAGAGAAUAAAAGAUAUAAUACAGGCACUCUUAUAUGCGCCAUUCUGAGCGGGCGCUUACUGCUGCUUCAUUUCUUUUCUGUUAUCUCAUUUCAUGAUUCGGGGACGGUAGAUGCAGAAGCUUGUCGUGAUGCUGAAACAGAAAUUAAAAACUGUUCGUCGAUUGGUGAAGCAGUAAUUAUUCUCAAGCAUUUAUUCGGUUUUUGCUUGGAGCAAGGAUUUAUUGCAGCUAAAGCUAUUAGCGAUAGAAAGGAAGCAGAAUCACUGAUUCAAGAGCUACAAAACGAAUCAAUUUUAAGUGACGUAAUUUUGAAUCGGGCAUUAGAGGAUGUUAAAAGGGAUGCUGAGCAACAAACUCAUAGCAGGGACGCGUCGCCAUGUCGGGAAAGUGAUGAAAUUAGGUCAGUUGCGAAUGUAAAUCAAGUAGCGCAAGAUUCACGCGACGAAUCACGUGAAGUAUCUCCGCCUGCAUCAACGCAGAAGAUUCGUCGUCGUACGGCUACACCAAGUGAAUUACUGUAUCCGCUGAGGAAAUCAUUGCAAGGUGAGGUUACUGACAAAACGCAUUUGGAACAACUCAACGAAGAAACUCCAUUUCUCGACCAACAAAUCGUCGAGAAAGCACGAUCACUGGAACAUUCUGUUGAAGGAGGACUUUUAGAGCUGGUCAGUGUAAGUAGUGUGGGAAUGGAACCAAAAAAUGAAGUAACGAAACUGAUAGAUCUGGAUUUGAAUGAUCGAGGUUCCACUGAAUCACCGUCAUCUGGUCGUGGCAUUCGAAGAAGAUCUGGCCGUGUACUACCGUAUGUUCCUCGGACAUUAACAGGAACUCGUGAUAAAGUAACAGCUUCACGUUUACUUGUACGCACACACACCUUGGAUGGACAUACUAGAACGGUACUUUCGGUGGACACUAACAGUAAUGUAGUAAUCAGCGGUUCAAAAGACAGAACAGCCAAAGUAUGGGAUUUGGAAAAAGGUGUCGAGAAAUGUACAUUUGGCCACCACCCGAACAAUGUUUCAUGUGUACGUUUCAUUCCCUCCAGCCAGUUAGCCUUGACUUUGUCUAUGGCAUUCGUUCGUAUUUGGGAUUUGAGAAAUGAAGAAUGCGUACGUACGCUGCAUUCAUCAGGUCUUGCAGCUGCGGGUGAUACUAUGGCUGCGAACACACCUCGACAAACUGUAUUACCUAUUUCCGAAACGACGAUCAAUGCAUUGGAACUGGACAACACGGGGAAGCUUAUGUUUACAACAUUCAACAGUGAUGUUCGUAUUUGGAAUUUGGAAAAAUUUGCACCGUUCGGUCGCUUGUCGACAGCGACCCAUAGCUCGAGAUCAGAGGUGUCAUGCCUUGGAUUUUUGGGUGGUGCAAAACCGAAAAUCUUCACUGGUUCUCGUGAUCACUAUGUGAAGAUGUAUGAAAUCAACGCCGAUGGAUUAGGCCUUUUUGAAGCUUCUCAUGAGUUUUCGGCAGCUCAUUAUGACUGCGUUACAUCCGUUGUUGCCUAUGGCGAUUCCGUAUUUUCUGCAUCUAGGGAUACGGACAUCAUGCGUUUCUCACUGCAAGAUAUGAAGAGGGACCAUAUUGAAUUACAAGCACACAAUAAGUGGAUUCAAUCCAUGUGUAUUCUAGAUACCUACAGGCCUUUGUUAGUUACGGCUUGUAAGGAGGGUCGAGUGAAAGUGUGGGAUAUUGCGAGCACACGUAAAUUGCGUCUCGUUGAUCAGAUUUCUCAUGCUCACGAAGAAGCAAUCAACGAAUUGGCAACCCAUUCAGGCAUUCUUUUUACUGCUUCUAGGUAA